AUGGUCCAGAACAACAACAGCAGCAGCAGCAGCGACGGCGGAGGAGAAGUUGUUAUUAGCCUCGACUGUUCUUCACUUCCGCGUGUUUAUCCAAUAGGAGUGGCCGCCUACAUGGGACAGCUAAUCAGUAGAAAAACAAAAUUACUGGAAGAAUACCAGAAGUUGUUGUGUAAAUAUCCACAUUUCAGCUCAAAACAGCAAAAAAGAAUGAAGAUAAAGACAAACCUGACUCAGCAAAAUGAAGAGUGUCAGGAAAGGGUGAACGAAAUGAAUCAACUCAAUUCAAACCUGACUCAGCAAAAUAAAGAGUGUCAGGAAAGUGUGAACGAAACGAAUCAACUCAAUUCAAACCUGAAAGAAACAAAUGGAAAGCUUCGAUCGAUUCUUCGCUCUAUUAAGUCAAACAAGAUAAACUGUAACAUGACCACACUGACAUGUUCACGUUGUAUGAAAGGCUGGACGGAGCACGACUCACGAUGCUUCUUCUUAUCAGGUGACACUAAGAAAUGGUUAGAUGCGCGCUCGUACUGUAUUAAUAAGGGUGGUGACCUGGCUGUGGUUUUAAAUGAGGAAGACCAAAUGUUUCUUACCAAACUUAUUGUGAAAAAUUAUAAAUCUAAAGAGAAAUUUAACGGAUCAUGGAUUGGGUUGCACGACAUGCAACGAGAGAGGACCUUCAGGUGGAUCAACGGCAACAAUCUUGCCAAAUACAUAAACGAAACUGGAGAAGAAACAGACUACUGGGUCAAUGGUCAACCAGACAACAACACACCUGGUUGGUCCCCGGAGGGAUCGGACUGCGUUGUUCUUGUGUUUGAGUUAAAUGAAAGCACAGACAGGCCCAUUAAAAACUGGGAUGACAUUGCCUGCCGUGGUCAGAGAAACUACAUGUGUGAGAGCAAAGCUUUUAUAGUGGAGUGAGUACUGGGUUAGCUGAACCCUGACCCGCAGACGGUUGGAUUACACCGCCCACACUUCCACCACCAACAACUCCAUCUCAAGACAAUAAGGACUCUGAAAACCA